AGAGGGAGAUAGAGAGUGGGGAACCGGGUUAUUACAAUAGAUGUGUAUGGUUUCUGAUAGUUGAAGCCAGUUCGAGUUUUUAAGGGGUCGAGAAAGGGUGAGAAAAAAAAUCCAGCGCGUUUGUACGGGACCCAAUACAGCUGUCUAAAUACGAAGUGGAUUCUAAGCGAAGCGGGUACGCUCCCAGUGCCUCGCUUACUGAUCACGCCUCGUUAAUUCACUGUCUACGAAAAGGAAUUUUUCUCCUAGCGACCAGCCAAGCAAUAUUUCUUCAUAUUUUCUUCUUCAUCGUCUCGAAUAAUUUUUCUCCGUUGUGAGUCAUCUAACAGCAGUGUUUCAAAUACUACCAGUGGAGCCACAGUGAGGGGGGCUUGUGAUAAUAAUACGGUUUCUCUACACCAAUGCUUUUUUCUUUUUCUGUGUAUUAAAAGAGGAGUAGGGGAUUUCGCGCUAACCAGGGCCGACUUCGCUGGGGGUUGUUUGAGUCAACAAUUCGCUCGCUGCCAGCUGAUUCCUCGAGCGAGCUUGUUUCGUUAAAAAAAGGAGAAGUGUAGUCGCUUGGAAGAAAUCGGUCGCCAAGACGCGAAGGACUUGCGAGGGAAUAUUACUGGCCGACACACAGCACACACACGCGUACGUCCGUACGCUGGUCGAGGCCAUGAACUUGGCGUAGGCGAUCACAUUAUCAUUUUAUCAUCUAUUAUCAUUUUCUUCGACUCUUGAGGUCCAGCGGCUCGCGCUCGCGAACGCCGCUAACCGCCCCUGCCCAGUAGUACAAAUGCUUUCUAGCGAGUUAGUCGGCUUAGAGACAAGUGGCGUUCUUAGUGACAGCGCUACGGCCGCAUCUUUACACAGUGUACCUGAAACCAGUUCGUCUUCAACAGCACCCGGCAUCAACCCGGGCGAUUUCUUCAGCGCCACGGAUUUCGCUGUAAGUCGCCACUCCCGCUCCGGGAGUUUCACUGGCUUUGGAGGCAUGCUGGAGCCAGAUUUUCGCGGGGCCUCGGCCGAAUAUGGCAUGGGAUCGGCGCUUGGCAUGAAUACUUUUCAAGGAGCACCGAGUAUUAAUAGCAUGUCGUCGGGAAGUUAUACGACGUUAACCCCUCUGCAGCCGCUGCCGCCUAUCAAUACAGUCGCCGAUAAAUUGAGACACGAUACGAACGCUAGCACGGGAUUCUCGCUGAUGAACAGUUCGAACCUCGCCAUGAAUAACUACGAUAAACUUGGAGGUAUGAAUAUGGGGAUGGGUGUCGGGGUUGGGGGGUCAAUGGCUGCCAAUUCCAUGUUAAACGGUUACGGACAUCAUCAAGCGAUGGGAGGCUAUGGUAGCCCCCACCACGGCACCUGUUCGCCAAGCGAACCCCGGUAUGCCGCGUCCAUGAACGGCUAUGACCAAUUCACCCAUAACGCCCAACAUAUGCGGGGCUUCACGCAUCAUCAUACCCAAAGAACUGGUCUGACCACGCCUAUGGUCCUGAACGGACUAGCCGGUCACCCCCAUCACGCACCGUCACCGUCGAUACCGGCACCGGGAAGUCGAAGCGGUGAUCGAAGCUCCGUUUCGUCCAGGGAUACCGGGCAAGCCGGGGAGGAGAUCAACACGAAAGAAAUCGCAGCGAGGGUGACGAGCGAACUCAAAAGAUACAGUAUACCCCAAGCCGUGUUUGCCCAAAGGGUCUUGUGUAGGAGUCAAGGGACACUGUCUGACCUCCUGAGGAACCCCAAACCCUGGAGUAAGCUCAAGAGCGGCAGGGAAACCUUCAGGCGGAUGUGGAAGUGGCUCCAAGAACCAGAAUUCCAGAGGAUGUCGGCGCUCAGAUUAGCUGGCUCGUCCAUGGCCGGAUCUCAAAUACCUCAGAAUCUCAAGUCCUGCAAAAAGAAGGAAGACGAUGCGAAGAGCCCGUCACAGAACAGCCAUAUCAAGAAACCACGCCUUGUCUUCACCGACCUCCAGCGACGCACCCUCCAUGCGAUCUUUAAGGAGAACAAACGCCCCUCCAAGGAGAUGCAGAUAACUAUCUCCCAACAGCUGGGUCUGGAGCUGAGCACGGUCAGUAACUUCUUCAUGAACGCCCGGAGGCGGAGUCAGGACAAAUGGCAGGACGAGAUGGGCGGGGUCGGUGGGAAUGUGGGAGGGGCACCCGGAGGAGGCGGACCGGGGGCAGUGCAUCCGAACCAGGGCUCGCUGACACCCAAGUCGGAGUACAAGGCGUAGCUGUGAUGACGGAUGGGCGGGGCAUGUCGGAGGAUGAGGCUGGGUGUGUCCCAAGUGUUUCUCGUGAAUAAAGAGCGGUGUUGCCCCGUCUUCCCCGCUAGCAUUCAUUUUGAGGAAGAGUAAGUGUGUGAGCGUUAAUCCCUUUUCCGAGCCUAAAUGAAAAUGGGAUUGCUAAACGACUUAGAAUCAACAUCAGCAUUGGACCAAAUCCUGGACUUGCAACAGUUGGAUCAACCGGUAUCUAGCUGCUUCAGAAAAAAUCAAGUCAAGUUCUUGUCACUCUGUAGGUUCUAUCUUGAAGAUCCAAAGUACCAGUAGAAGUGAGAGAAAUAAGGCUGAUGGGGUCGCCGGUUGCCAUGAUGAUGAUGCUGCGCACUCAUAUCUUCAUGCUGUUGUCUUGAUUAACAAUCGAAGGCAGGAGAAUUAUUUAUUCUCCAUUUGAAUUUAUCAAAGUCUCUUCUUAACAGGGUUUAAUGAUGUUUUCACUUCAGUGUGCUGUGUGCAAAAUGGGUUUCUUGUCAGUCUUCAGGUUUUAAGUGCAGUGUGCAAAAUGGGUGGGGCUUAUCUAUUCUUUUUUGCUGAGCUAUACAUCCUCUUGCAUCAAUAAGGAGGACAAGAAAAGAACAACACCAACUUGUUCAUGUGAUGUCGCCAUUUCUUAAAGCAAGUUUAUAUCGCACAAUUUUGCUGACACCACUUUUUUAUGAAAUUAAAUCGGAUGUAGAAAAAACACUAUCCUGGCUGAAAAAAUAAAGUUACUGGUAACUGAAAAUGAAAAUUUUAAGGCUGAAAUUUUACAAGCGCAAUAGGUUUUACACCAUGUUGAAAUAAGUAUAAUGCUAUUCAAAAGUUGUUUAUUGGGACAUGUUAUUUAUUGGAGAGAGUGGAAUAGAAAAAAAAUCUGUUGCAUUUGGCUGUGGUAUUAAAAAGCUAAAGCUUAUUGACCAACAGAGGGAGCCAUAGCACUUAGGAAGGGAGGAAGUAACUCAAGAAUGUGUGCUCUUUGAAAACUGGAGACAAAAAAAUCUUCUGCAAUAAAUCUGGAUGUUUUCUAAGUUUUUCAUGUCUACCUCUACAUGUUACAGAAAAAGAUAAUGAUAUGUAAAUGUAUUCAGAUUAGAAAUAGAUAAAUAGAUUAUGAAUAUUCAUUAUCUAUUUGCAUGGAGAGAGUAUAGUCUAUGUGGUAUUGAGUUGAUCUUGGCUAUUUCUGUUUUAAAUAGUUGUACAUCCUAAUACAGAAGAUUGGAAAAAACAUAAGAUUAAUUUCCCAUUAUAAUUUUUUUUUCCUUCAAAAUUCAAGUCUAAAAUUUAAAGCCCCUUUCACAUUACAUUUGUGUUAAGAAUGUAAUAUAAUUAAUUUUUUUGCAAUACAAUAAAGUAUUUUUGACCGAGAGAUAUUUAUAAUAUUUGCGUAAAGGCUGAAAUAUUUUUAAAUUGUAAAUUCAGGACUUUCUCAGUCAAAAUAUUAAUUUGAGACAAAUAUAAGCUUCUGACAUUCUGGACUAUAUUCAUUAUCUCCAAUUUUAACCCUAUUCUGUGUUAAUACAAAACCCUAAGAUGUGCGUACUAUAUAUUUUAUGUACUUGUAUCAAAAAUGGAAAUCUCGUAUAGAAUUUGAAGUAUUUCUAAAUACCAUAUUUCUUUCACAUUCCAUUAAGUAUUGAAAUCUUUAUUAUAUGUAUAUUUGCUCUGUGAGAAAAGGAUGAUUUUGAAAUAUUAUUUAUUCGCUGUAUUUAUGUUGUUCAUACAUUUUGUGUGCUGUGCAAAGUUAGAGAUUCGAUUUUAAAACUCUACACGGGGCAAUUAUUUGAUGAGAUAAGUAUUGAAGUAUUAUUUUUUUCCUUCACCAUUCCAAGACACAGUGACAUAAAAAGAUGCAAUCAAUAUGUAACUACAAUUGUAACUUUGUGUACACAGAUUUCCAUAGGCUUACACUGACGACCAAUUGUCGUUCCUAACAUUGAUUGCAUCUCUUUAGUGUUGCCGGGUUUAGAUGCUAUGUUCAUACACAUUCGUGCAGUGCAGUUUGAUACCUUUUAGUUUGUAGAUGAGAUAGUUUUAGCCAGUGACCUCUGCAUCAGUUAUAUAAUUUAUUAUUGCAUUUUUAUUUCAUGCUAUUUGCCAGUGUGAAAUCAUUACUCUAUAUUCCAGACCAUGUUGCUGCAUAUUGUAAUAUUUUUAGGGAACGUUAACAUUGAGCAUCCAUAAUUUCAUUCCACAUCAACGAUAACAAGACCAUAUUGCCAACUUGUAUCAAAUCAGGAUAUCUCUGUAAACACAAAUUAAUUCCUUUGUAGAUUUUAGAUGAAUCUUCCCAUGGAAAAGAAGGUAAUUACAGAUACUUUUUGCCUAAGCCAGUGUUAUUACAGCGAGGAUUCUGCUACACCUAAAUGUAACUUAGCAAUUAAACCUAAAACAAGUUUUAAUGAUUGCAUCGACCACAAUGUACAAUUAAUCAUUAACAUCAAUUGUACAUUCAAAAGUCAAUUCUUAAGUUGUUCAUUCAAUCUUUUGGUCAGUACUUGGAUUGUCCGGUAUCCCCGACCCAGGCCCUCUAUUUCUUGAUGAUAUUCGGGGAAAAAACACAAUUCUUGCCUUUUUAUCUCUGUUCCGAUAUAAACCAUUUCCAAAUCACUUGUGAUUCAAAGGUAAAUCUUCAGGAUUCAAAAUGAAAUUAAAAAGAGAGCAUUUCCUGGAGCAAAUCUUUAGUCGGUGAUAUCCAUUGACUAUUGUUAUAAGCUACUGAAAUCAGAGCAUGUGAUUGGCCAAUAAGUAGCAAGCGAAAAUCAAAGUGAUUAAGAAACUUUCUGAAAUGCCCCCCCCCCCCCCCCCCCCCCCCCCCCCCCCCCCCCGGUUACUGAACACAUCCAAAUAUCUGUAAUUAAGAAAGUACCUUUCUUUGUCCAAAUGAGAUACAUGUUUAUAGAGAGUUGGGUCCAGCUAGGCCAGUUAUAUUGCAGUUAUUAUUCGUCAUUUGAGUAUUUCCUGUUUUUACAGGAUUUAUUUUCUAUUCCAUUCCACUGACUGUCUAUGAAAACCAAUUAAAUGAAUAGAAUUACAUAAAAAACAUACAAAUUUUACAUUUGCAUACUCGAAGUAGAUAUUUUUCUAUUUUGCCUGUGUGUAAAGUACAGUGAAUUCCAUGUGCCAUCAAUUAUUAUUGCAUGUAUGUUUUUUAAAAUGCCACUUAAUUUCUUAAUGAAUUUAUAAAUGAUGUUUCAUUUUUGUGAUGACUGGGCAGCAUAGAGUUGUAGCAAAUCAAAUUUCUCUUUCCAUUUGGAAUUUUGUCUUUCAAUACGUUUUUUUUUUGUCCAUUGAAAUGAUUUAGUCCCAUGGUAGCUUCUGCUCGUUUUAAACAAGAAGAGACAAAUGAUAUGUCCUUCGUGAUAAAGAUAUAAUGUUACCCUUUCUCCUCUCAAAUGUCAAAGAAUUAAUUCAAAGUUUGUUAAUUCUAUUUUUCCUUUAUAGUCCUUUUUUCUAAAUGAAAUUAGUGAAAUUUUGAUUUGUGACUGCCAAUCUUAAAUACAUUGCCAUUUAAGUUAAUGCAGGGUCAUUUUCUAAAGCAAGUUCAUUGUUUAUUAUAUUAUUGGUCUUAGUUUGACAAUGUGAUUGGGUCCAAUUUGUUGUUGAUGUAGAUGGUAUAUAACAGAGAUCAUGAUUUGUAUAUAUAGUUGGAGUUUACCCAAUUUAUGCGAGAUUUUUUUUUACCAUCAACCAAAUUAAUCAGUGUGCGCGUGAGUUUUUUUUGUGCAAUAUGAAUUGUGUAUAUACACACAGUAUUUCCAGUGCUUUCGAAUGCCAUUCUCUAUUUUCUGAAUUUUCACUUUUUGUUUGUGUACUUUUUUUUUCUAAAUGUAUUCCCAAUAUUUGUCUUUUGACAAGCAAAUUCGAUAUUUGUUGCAAUUGCUUUAUUGCAUUUCAUUCCUCACAAAAGGUUGGUUUAAUAUUACAAGUUUGUUUGAAAUAUGAGCUGAGAAAGUUUAAUAUUGACUUGCUUUUUUUGCACAAAUUUCUUAAUCUUUAUGUGGGGGGGGGGGGGGGGUAAUGUCAUUUUUCUAGACAAUCUUAGAUUAGCAAUUAAGCAUUAUAUAUUUAUUUUGUUUCACACAUGUAUGUUUUGUUUGAGAGAAGGAUAAACUUGGGUGUAUAUCCUUCCCAAUAGUGACCAUAUUUUGCCUAAAAACCUGUCGAUAUGACAGGAAACAGCUAAAUUACAUACAUGUAUUAUACUAGCCUAGGGAGGAGAGCAGAUAUCUAGUAAAAACUUUAAUUUUAUCAGUUUCUGACCUGGUUUAAUCUACAAUACUUCAUUAAUUAAUUCAGGGAAUUUUUCACCAACAAUUCCCAGAUAAAUGUAUUACUCUACAAUUCCAUUCAUCUGAUUAUUCAUUCAUUUAUUCUUUUAUUGAAUUCAAUUUAUUUUGCCAUAGGGGCAGGGAUUAGAGGUGUUUGACAUUUAUGAUUUUCUGUUACUCCCCUGCCCGUCCCCCCAUUAUAAUCAUGACAAUCAUAUUUUCACUAUUUUCUAUUUGGUUGUGCCUUUAAUUCUUGUUUUGUAUAUCAUAUUCAUAUUUGUUUUUUUUAAUAGGAUUACUCAACUUACUUCAAUGUUGUGUUGUUGAGGGGUUUUUUGCCACAGUUACUAAAUGUCUCCGGCUAGAUGAAGAGAAAACUUUAAUUCAUGAGGUUAUUGUCCAUUAUUUGUGGCCCAUAGUAAGGAAUUAUGUGUCGAAGUAAAAGGGUUACAGGCUUAUAACUUUUAUGAAUUUAUGACAGUAAUCUGUUUAUAAUUCUUUCCCCUGUUUGCACAGUGUAUGUUCAUGUGCCAUAGAAAUAUGCGUGCAAGGUAUAUUUGCAAGCGUAAGGAUUGUAUUAAGUUUGGCACAGAAAGUUGUCUUUCUGCUUGCUUUGUAUUAUUUCUUCUCUAUUUUACGUCAUUUUUGGUCACGUUUCCCUGUGCAUUUGGCCAUGCUUGUGGAACCGUUGUUUUUUCUCUGCUGUUUUUCUGGAGUUUUGAUCUGUAAAUUUUGACAUUUUUUGAAGAUGUUAAUAUAUGAAUGAUGUAUAACAUACAGGUGUUUGGAGAGAAAUAAAAAAAAGUAAAAAAAAAAU